AUGGCUUCAUCGUCGCCUCUAACGAAUAUAGGACUUCUGUCCUUAGUCGUUCUUAUCGGUUCUGGGUUGACCGGCACUGUAGGGAAGUUGUUACCUCUCGUGAUAUUGAUCGCUGUUGCUGUACUCGGCUCUAUGAUGUCGACCGAUUCUACUUCUACGGCUGAUCUGGCCGUUGAAAUCGCGAAAGGAAAGAAGCUCAUAAUUGUUGAUGUUAGAACUGACGAUGAAGUGAAGGCAAAACCGUCAAACCCUGGCAGCAUCCAUAUCCCUAUCGCUGAGUUCAACGAUAGGAUGAGUGAAAUUCCCGAGGGCCCUGUUAUCGUUCACUGUGCUGUUGGAAUGAGAGCUAAGCGCGCUGGUAACGCGUUGAGAGCAGCUGGUCGUAAACCUGUUAUGAAUGUAACAGAUCGUGACGCUGCUAAAAAGGCUGCUAGAGAGGCCGAGGAACUUGCGAAGAAGAUGUGGAGGCCACGAUCAAAUAAUAAUGCUCACAUUAGUUUACCAUCGUUGAUUGCCGUUGCUAUAAUGGGGUCUGUGAUAUCGAGCGAUUCCACAACUGUUGCUGAUCUAGCUGCUGAAGUUGCGAAGGGGAAGAAGGUCACGGUUGUCGAUGUUAGAAGCCCUGGCGAGCUGGCAUUCAGACCGCCUCUUCCCGCCGCUCUCAAUAUUCCAGUCGGCCAAGUCGAGUCGAUGAUGUCCGCAGUCCCCAAGGAUGCUCCUGUUCUGGUCUAUUGUGCCUCUGGCAGGAGAUCAGGCUCGGCUGCGAAAGUUCUCCGUGAGCACGGCUAUGGUCCGGUGCUGAGCACAGCUAAUUGCGACAGUGCUAAGAAGAUCCUGGAUGAGGUCGAGAAGUUGGCUGAGGCAGAAGGGGUCACGGGGAAGACUCGAUAG